CCUCCAGGCAAUCAAACUUCUCAGCGUCAGCAGUUAAGCCCAAACCCCUCCUAAUUAAGGUAGCAACCCCGUUAUGGCAUCCUCUCUGAGCUUCACGGUGUGCCGGAGGGAGCCCGUGCUCGUUGCACCGGCGAAGUCCACACCGCACGAGUUCAAACCCCUCUCGGACAUCGAUGACCAGGAAGGCCUGAGGUUCUACAGCUCUGGCAUCCAUUUCUACCGCAACGAUCCCUCCAAGGAGGGCCGGGACCCGGCAACGGUCAUAAAGGAGGCCCUUGGGGAGGUCCUCGUGCACUACUAUCCCAUCGCUGGCCGGCUCCGGGAAUGGCCCGGGAGGAAGCUCGUGGUGGAGUGCACCGGGGAAGGGGUGGUGUUCGUGGAGGCCGACGCCGACGUCCGGCUCGAGGACUUCGGCCAUGCACCCAGUCCACCCUUUCCUUGCGUAGAGGAGCUGCUCUACGAUACGGAGAGCUUCGGAAGCAUCCUCGACCGCCCCUUGCUCUUUAUUCAGGUGACGCGACUCAAAUGCGGAGGCUUCAUCUUCGGUCUGCGGAUCAACCACACGUUCGUGGACGCGCCGGGGGUGGUGCAGUUCCUCACAGGCCUGGGGGAGAUGGCACGCGGUGCAGCUGCCCCUACCUUGACGCCGGUGUGGGAGAGAGAGCUGCUCAACGCCCGCAGCCCCCCUCGGAUCACCCACGCCCACCCGGAGUACGAGUGCUUGGCCGGCACGGACGUGCUGACGACCUCCCCCCCGGCCGACAUGGUGAACCGCUCCUUCUUCUUCGGCCCCAAGGAGAUCUCCGCGAUGAGGAAGCACGCGCCGCCGCACCUGCGCUCCACCAGCUCCAGGUUCGAUCUGAUCACCGCGUCCGUCUGGCGGAGCCGCACCGCCGCCCUCGGUUACGACCCCGACGACGAGGUCCGCGUCCUCUUCGUCGUGAACGCCCGCGGGCGGCGCAACCCGCCCCUGCCGUCCGGGUACUACGGGAACGCGCUCGCAUUCCCGGUGGCCUCUUCGGCGGCGGGCAGGCUGAGCCGGAGCCCGCUGGGGUACGCACUGGAGCUGGUGAGGAAGGCGAAGGCCAGCGUCACGGACGAGUACAUGCAGUCGGUGGCGGACCUGAUGGUGCUCCGCGGGAGGCCGCACUUCGCCAUGGCUCGGACCUACCUCGUGUCGGACGUGACCCGGGCCGGCUUCGAGGCGGUGGAUUUCGGCUGGGGGGAGGGGGUCUACGGCGGCCCCGCCAGUGCUGGGGUCGGGGCCGUCCCCGGUGUGGCCAGCUUCUACACCUGGCACAGGAACAAGGGGGAGGAAGGCAUCCUGGUGCCCAUGUGUCUGCCGGGACCCGCCAUGGAGAGGUUCCAGAUGGAGAUGGAGAGCUUGACGGAGGAGCCCGCCUUCGAUCCUUACCACAACAAUACCAAUAUUAAUAAUAUAUUCAUCCAUUAUUAGCCAUCCCAUGUAACGACGAGACCUUCGCGCGAGGUCUCUCGAAUCGGUGUGAGGUUUAUUUGUUCGUUGAGUCCACGUAUCGAUAGAGUUUAAUCUGAAAGUUGGAUAUGUGCAGAAUUAGAUUUGUUCGACCGUUCCUACCAUUUCCAGUGAAAACACAAAACCAUUUGUUCUUGGUGUUGUAAUAUUUUAAUGGAGGUUCCCUCCGUAAACUUAGUGAUUAUUUGACAAGGUAAUAGUUAGCAAAAGAGUU